UGUGCGUGACACUGUGAACGUGGGUAUAGUGGAGUUGAGAGAGAGAAGGCAUGAAAAAUUGUAGUGGGUUUUGGUUUAGGAGUUGGGUUUAGAAUCUUGCUCGGAAUUGUGAGAGUUAUGUACAUAGCUUCCAUGGGAAGGUCUUUCAAGGACUCUCUGAAACUGCUUGAAGCUGAUAUUCACCAUGCCAAUACCCUGGCAUCAGAUUUUCCAAGGGAAUAUGACGGUGCAUGCCUUCAAAUGAGAAUGUCAUACAGUAUGGCAGCACACCUAUUUCUCUUUUUGGUACAAUGGACAGAUUGCAAUCUUGCCGGGGCCCUAGGAUUGUUAAGAAUCCUAAUAUACAAGGUUUAUGUAGAUGGGACAACUACCAUGUCUACACAUGAAAGGAAAGCAAGUAUUAGAGAAUUCUAUGCGGUCAUAUAUCCCUCAUUGUUGCAACUGCAAAAAGGUGUAACUGAUACAGAGGAUAAAAAACAGAAGGCUGUAUGCUUGGAGAGGUAUCGGAAAAGAGACGAAGAUGAGCACAGACAGCCUUCGGAUAUAGACAUUGAAAGGGAAGAGGAAUGUGGAAUAUGCAUGGAGAUGAACAGUAAGAUUGUGUUACCCGACUGCAACCAUGUCAUGUGCCUGAAAUGUUACCACGAAUGGAGAACAAGAUCACAGUCAUGCCCCUUUUGCCGCGACAGUCUGAAGAGAGUAAACUCAGGCGAUCUCUGGGUGUUCACUGAUGGUAGGGAUGUUGUAGACAUGGCAACAGUGACAAGAGAGAAUCUUAAAAGGCUUUUCAUGUACAUAGACAAGUUGCCUUUGAUCAUUCCAGACUCUCUUUUUGACACUUAUGACUCUCAUCUAAGAUGAGUGGUUUUAAUCAGUGUCUGGUGUUGGAGGGGCAGUUCCUUUCAAUUUAGUAACAUAAACUCCGAAUGUCAUUUGGUAAAUUUAGUUUAUAGAGUCGCAGUGUUGCUUCCCACGUCUUGCAAAAAAGUUUCCAACCCUGAGUUUACUGUGGGUUGGUGGUGAAGAUGAGUAUGUGCUCAUUUGUCUUUGUAUAUCCUGUACAGAUUCAAUUGCUUGUUCAGAAGAGGUCUGUUUCCAUAUUCCGUGUCUCAGAACAGUACAUUUUCCAUGGAUCCCACCUAAACGCCUAUUUAGCUUUGAAUGGAGCAAAAUGAGUAUCUAUAAUGUGAUUCAA